AUGUUCCAUGUCCACCAUGUCCACCAUUGGGUGCUUCCUUACUUUGUGGGGAAGCGAGGCGUUGAAGAAAAACCGCGAGGAUCAGGGCCGCUGCCACCAUUGCUGUCCUCGGAGUGCAACAACUUCUGUCAGUACUGUGGGUCGUCGCGAGAGGAUGGCACCGAAAAGCGGCUGCAGCGGGACUUGGAAGAGGCUUUGGCCACUGCCAGGAAGGCACAGGAGGAAGAGAUGCAAAGCCAGCAGCUGCUGAGCCACUGGCAGGCGCGCGCCAGUGCUGCAGAAGAGGCGACGAAGGCGGCGGAAGCAGCAGAGACGGCGCAGCUGAAGCUGCAAUGUCAGUUGGAGGUGGAAGUUGCUUUACGCAACAAAGAUUUGGAACACGCCCAGGAGAUACACCAGCUGAAGGAUGAGAUGCAUCAGGCGGAACUAGGGCAUCAAGCGGACGUCUUCGCGUUGCGGCAUCGCAACGGAAUGCUGACGGAGCAAGAGGAGUGGCAGCAGAUGGAGAUCAUGCUGCUUAGAUCGCAGCGGCUGCAAAGUGAAAAGGCACAAGAACAACAAGUUCAGGACCUGCAGAGCUCCAUCGAGUGGGAACGCCUCAGUGCUGAGCUGCGCUGCCGUCAGCUGGACUCGCAGCUCAGCAGGGAACGAAGCGAGGCCUCGAAGAACCAGGAGUUGGGUGCCCGUUUGGCGGGCCGCGACUUGGAGGUCUGUGCGCUGGAGACACUGCUGGCGUCGGCCUCAAAGAAGGAUGCGCAGGAGGAGCGAACGGCGGAGGCGUUGAGGACGGCGCAGGAGGAAGCGAAGAAACUGGCGGCCGAACUGGCUUUGAAGUCCGAAAUGCUCCAAAAGGAGGAGGCGGGCACUUCGCUGCACUUGGCGGAGAUGGCUCAGCAAAGUGAAGAGAUUCUGGCGAGCCGCGGCCGGGAAGAGCAACUGCGGCAGCGUGUGGCGCGCUUGGAAAGUGAGUUGGAAGAAGCUCUGGCCGCAGCGCGCGCCAAAGCGUCGGCGCCAGAACCAGAACCAGUCGCGGAGCCCGCGCAAAAGGUCUCUGACUACAUCUCCACUGUAGAUGAUGAGUUGGACAAGUGCUUGGAGAAGGAAAUCAUGGAGCUUGGGCCUGGCGUUCUGAAAGGCAACAAACUGGAAAGAACGGGCCCCAAGAGGUACAAGAUAGGUGAUCAAAAGAUCUUCAUGCAACUCUCUGAGGGCCGCGUCACGGUACGUGUGGGUGGUGCUUACAUCCCGCUGCAGCCGUGGACCAAGGAGCUAACGGCCGCGGGCGAACAAGGCAAUGACGAUCCCUUCAGCGCCUUAGAUGCUCAGUCUCCCUUCGCCGCGGUUUGCUCCAGGAAUUGCAGUAAAUCUCACAUCACCAACAUGAAGGUGGAUAGGUGUGAAAGCCUCCUGGCCCUGAUUGCUCAUCAUUUUGAACCGGAGGUCACGAUUCCUCAGUACACUGUUUUUCUGCGCCAGUGGAAAGGAGAUGUGGAUCUCUUGAACGAACCUUUCAACGAAGCCACGACACUGACGCAUAUUGCAGGUUCAGUGUCUGGCCGUGACCUGUUAGAUCUACGGCAGGAAUUUACCAAAGAGAUGCAGGAACAAGUCAAAGCUCUCCACGACGUGCAAUCCGUUCUGCUCCGCUUUGAGGCUGUGAUGGAAAGCGUGGCACAUGGCCUUGCAUCUCAACGGAAUCUGCUGGAAGGUGUCGGGCUCAACGCUCACGCUGGAAACGGACGCUCCAGGAAAUCUUCUCUGGAUUCCGUGAUGGAGGGCGAAGACACCUGGAAAUCCAAAGCCAACCUGUCCGAGGGCGACGAUGAAGUGUGGGCUCCGGAGGCUCCAUCGGCGCCGCAGUCCCAGCCACCCUCGUUGCCCAGCAUGGUCAAGGAGGAGAGCAAGGAAGGUAGUAAGGAGGAUUGCAGUCCUCACAGCAUUUUGCAGAACGUCUCUCUGAGUGUGCUAUCGCAAUUUGGAACAGGCACAGCGGAAUCGACGUUGCUGGAAGCAGGCAACCACGGGGGCACGCUGUUGUCAGUGACUCCACAAGGUGUCGGUGUAUCUCGUCAGAUCUCUGAACGUCGGAGAAGUGACCCGUGCUUGAGUCGGAGCAGAAAGCCGGAGUUCAUGGUGGCCAGGUUGUCAAACCACAGUGAGUGCCAUAGCAAGUCCUCGGGCAUCCAAUCUCGUGGCCUUAUUGGCAUGACUGAAGAAAUCGAAGGAAUUACGGCCUGUCGCAUCAUGAGGAAUGGGGGCAAAACCAAAAGUGGAGGGCGACAAGGCUCACGCUCCGGGUCGGCUACAUCCAAAAAACCUGAGACCAAUAAUCCGGAGGAGUCGGCACCCGCGUCGCCAAAGAAGCACCUCACGGUGGAUGUGACGGGCUUUGGUCGAAGAAUGUCGAUGGACGAGCUGCGCACCAAGUGCGAUGAGGUCUUGGUCCGCUCCAGUACGCAGGCCAAGUUUGUCUCGUGCGACCAAUUGAGCGCAGGACCGAAGACGGCGCUCUCACCUGCAGCUCGGGCAAUCCUGUGCUUCAGUGGAAUUCUGGACUUCAGGUUAGGAAGGUUUUGGCAGACAGUCUCCUGGUUCAAUUUUGCGGUCGUUCCACUGGUCCUAGCCAUCCUGGUGGAGGUUGAAACCAACGUCUUGGGCGAGGAUCAGUACAUGCCCAAUACCAUGAUGGCGUUGACGCUGGGCGGUGUGCUGUCCAUCGGCAACUUGCGCUGGGUGGGCCUUGGAAAUUUGCUAGGACCUGCGGAGCAUUCUUUGGACGACUUUGCAGUGGAGUCAGGCUUCAUGGAGGACUGGCAACUUGUUUCACGCAAGCGUUCUCUGGAAGUGCUCUGCGUCUUGUUCUUCAUGGUCUUAUGUCGCUUGGGAUCCAAUUUGUGUUUCCCAUCUGAUCUGCACUAUGGUCGCAGCAUCACAGGGAGGAUCAGCGACAUCUUGAUGGACGUUGUCUUCCUGUGUGUGAGCUUCCGUUGUGCGGCCCUCACCUUUUGCCAGCUGCACAUUUGCAGUGGGCUGGAGCUGUCAAUUGAUAGCUUCUGCCUGAAGUUUUUCAGGGAAAUGGACAUCGAACAGGCGAUCCAAGAAUGGAACAUGGUCCAGGCGAACCUACGGAAGGUCUCCAAUGAGUGCAGCGGUUCGUUCUUCUUAACCGCUGCCGCAUGUUUUGCCUCGAUGCUUCUAUUGGCGGAACGAAUCCUACAAGAUCCAACCAUCAUGCAGGAUUGGCGGCAAAUUACCCUCUGGCUCGGGUGGCUGUACCCACCUACUCUCUUCUUUUUCUACGCCAUGCUGCGUGCAGCCGCUGUCACAGAGAAGGCCAGUCGUGUGGGGCCAUUAGUCAACUCUUGGAACUUGCAGGAAUCCGAUGAUGCACCGUCGGUGGAUGUCGACCGGCAAUAUGUGGUGCAGUACAUCAAUCAAAGUCAGGCAGGAUUCUUCAUGAAAGGAGUGCGGAUCACCGGUUUUGAAGUGCAAAAGAUGAUGUAUUACUUCGCGGCUUUGACUUUCACGUGUCUGGAUAGCAGCGAUCUUUCUGCGUUCCGGAUGCAGAAUUGGUUUUGCUGGAAAAGAUGA